AUGGCUUCAUUCGUAGAAGAGCCUCAACACUUUGCCGAGUCCACACCAAGUACAUGCAAGGAAGAAACAGUGGAUGUGGUACUACAGCUGUUAAAUCCACAGGACUUAUUGAAAUAUGGACAUGAUGAUUUGUUACAGACUUUUGAAGCAGCAGCUACCUUGCAGAGGGACGAUGUGGAGAAACGGUUACAAACUUCAGUGCAUUUCCAUGAUUACUUUCAGCCUCCGGAAGAGGAAACCAACAGCACUGGCAUCGGUGUUGUAUCAGAGACCAAUCAAGAGAUGCAGAUAAAUUUCACUUGUGCAGAGCACACAGAUGUUCGCUGUCCCAGUGAAGCUGGAAAGCAGGAUACAGGGAAGAAAAGUGAUCACCCCGUGUCACCUGAUUAUGUGCCGAGCAUUUUCACACACACAAAGUCGUCUGCAAAACAAAAAAACACAAAAGCAUUGCAGAAGUCUGAAAAGCGACAAAACCUGAAGAAAAGGAAACGUGGAAGUAGAAAACAAGUUACAGCAGAAUGUGCAGUGCUUGGCCUUCGAGACACUGAUGUAACCACUCCUUCUGAAUGCUCCAUGGAUUCCACUGAAUUAUCUCCUGAAGUUGCAGAUCUCAAAGAUGAAGGAAGUGCAGAAGCUUUAGAUGAAAAUGAAGCAUUGCCUUUUGAGCUUGAAUGCAGAAUCCUGAGGAAGGAAAAUCGUACUUUGAAGGAACAACUGAAAAAAUACUCUCUCUGUCCGGAGUCGUUUUCAGAGGACAAUGACAAAGUGGAACAAUUUACAGGUCUUCCAACAUAUGGGAUUAUGAUGGUGACGUUCCAGUUUAUACGGCCUUAUUUAAAUUUAAACAGGAAGUUUUCACCUUUCCGGCAGUUCCUGCUGACAUGUAUGCAUCUUCGACUGAACUUAAACUUACAGUUUUUAGCCUUCUUAUUUUCCAUUUCUUUGGAAACUGCAUCCAGAGUAUUUAGUAACACGUGUGAUGUUAUGUUCUGUCGCCUCGUUCCGGCGCUGGUGAUCUGGCCAGAUAGGGAACAUUUACGGCAAAGUCUGCCAGUUUCAUUUCAACAAAACUUUGAGAAAUGUUGCUGUAUAAUUGACUGUUUUGAAAUAUUUCAGGAAAAACCGAGUGAUGUGGAAACACCGAGAAAAACCUGUUCGCAGAAUAAAAGCCACAACUCUUCAAAAUAUCUGAUAGGUAUUGCCCCACAAGGCGCGGUUUGUUUCAUUUCUCAGGGGUGGGAUGGUCACUGCAGCGACAAACACAUAACAGAACAUUGCGGAUUUCUGGAUGAACUUUUGCCAGGGGAUCUGAUCCUAGCAGACAGAAGGUUUGAUGGAGGUGACGCUGUUGGAUUGCCUUCUGCAAAUGUAAACAUUUCUGCGUUUACUCGGGGAACGUCCCAAAUGAGCGCAUUGGAUGUGGAGGGCACAAGGGCGCUCGCGUCAGCCAGAAUCCAUGUUGAGAGGGUUAUUGGAAUGGUUCGUCAGAAAUACACAAUACUGAGCAAUACUGUGCCCAUAUCUCUUGUACAUUCAAAAGAUAACGGAAUAACAUCUUUGGACAAAAUAGUACAUAUCUGCUGUGCAUUGAUGAACCUGUCUCACCGCAUGAUUCUUUUUGAGUGAAAAAAAUAAGGACAA